GAGUUAUACAACCUCACACUACUGGAUUAGCAAGGCUACCAUCAACUGCGGUUACGCACCAUCAACCUACUUAUCACACAAGAUGCUUGGACGGAAGCGGUUAAUAGUGGAAUUAUUCUCGACGUCCUUUAGCUAAAUUCUUCCAAAAGUUCCGAUAGCUUGGAUCAGCACAUCCUACUUCACGGGCUACGCGGCUAUAGAAACGGGAAUCCCUUCUUUCGGUGGAUCAUCAACUUCCUUCAGCAGCUGAAACUGCAAGGAUUACUUUUCGACGCAAUUCAAUUUGACUGUGGUGUUUCAGGUGAUUCGCUGCUGGAUCCGCACUUAUUCUUAAUGAACUUGAAUAAGCAAUCGGGCGUAUCUUAUGCUUCAAGCAGUGCCUGCGGCGCGCAUGGAUCAACGCCAUGUGGGAAAAGUUUACACGGUAUUCACAAGACAUUUGCGGCUGAUAUAAGACCAAUCGAAUUGUGUUCUCGCAGCUCUAGCCAUCCUGCGGCGCUCAUGUCAGCAGGUGUAUCAGAUGCUGGCGAUUGCUGGUGCCUACAUCCCAACCAGAUUCCUAUCGACUACUCCGAGCAUCCCUGUCGUCCUACCGCCGAAGAGAAUCGAUGUACGGAAAACCUGCGGCCAAUUACUCCUCACUUAGAAAGUUCAUUACAUAGGCGGAUAUCCUACGAAGAUCAAAGAGCUAGACGGUCUAGCCGUCACCGUAAACUAUCAAGUCACAGCAGACGGAUGUCCACCACCGAAUGCUACACAAAAAUUGGUCAGUCGCUUGCGGUGAGCAAAGGACCUGUUCAAGCCGGGCGUUCUAAUAGAAGCAGGGCUGAAAAUACUGAUGUAAUGCCACAUCGGAAGAACUCAAGGCAAGAAAGCAAUCAUGCGGCCCGUUUAAGCCAACAUGAAACAGCGUCUCUGAUUCAGGUUAUCGAGUCGUUACGCGAAUCUAUUGAGACGAGCAACGCUAGACUGGAAAUUGAGCUAAAUUCUGUUGAACCCGUCAGCAGUGUCCGAAUGAGAAAGCAGGCACUCGCUAUUUCCACGAACACUAGUUACCACCGAACAUCGAUAGCGAUUAACCGGGGCUCUCGUUUCAAAUUUCCCAAGCACGACACUGCCCGACGUACUCCUUUCCACCGUCGAGCAGAUGAGCCUGGGCAAAACAGAUCGGAAAAGGUUUCCGUGGAGGUUCGCGUGGUAUUUCUGAAGAUUGGGGAAAUCGACACCCUCAAGGAGUAUUAUUAUGCUGAUGCUUUCAUUCAAGCAAAAUGGAGGGAGCCCAAAUUAGACGGGAGGACUGUUGACGAGCCCACCGUAACAGAACUAGAACAAUUCUGGAACCCCCAGAUCUACAUAGACAACAUCUUGAGUGAGACUAAAGAGACCCAAUGGUUGGUAGCGCAGAAGAAUGAAGCAGGGGAAAUGUACCUGGUGGAGCGAAGACGGAUUAAAGGUGUAUUUCUGGAGACGUUGGAGUUGAAUGAUUUUCCAUUGGAUGUACAGGUAAGCGAGGAAGUGUGCGAAACCCUUUACACCAAAUUUAUCCACUGUAAAUCCACUUGA